UUUGGAGUUGCUAGGCAACGCCGAAAGCCUCAGCGAGAGAAACACGCUGCUUUAAUGUCGCGAACCGCAGCCUGACCUUAAACGGGCCUUUAUGGACCCUGGACCGGAUGACAGUGUUCGUAAGCGUCUUUUCUGAUAACAGAAGAGCUGCUCGUCUUCAUGAGAUGACCAUGACACACUGCAGUCUGAUCUUUAGAGUGAAAUUUCAGUGACCACACCAUCCGUCCUGAUGGCAUCCGAAUCCGUGAAGGUGGUCGUCAGGUGUCGACCACUGAACGACAGAGAGAAGGUGCUGAACUGUAAGAUGGUGGUUUCCAUUGACAGCAGUCAUUGUCAGUGUUUCAUUGAGAAACCUGGAGCCUCGGAAGAGCCGCCCAAACAAUUCACGUUUGAUGGGACUUAUUAUAUGAACCAUUCCACCGAGCAGAUCUACAACGAGAUCGCAUAUCCUCUGGUGGAGGGUGUAACUGAGGGCUACAAUGGGACCAUUUUUGCUUAUGGACAAACAGGAAGUGGCAAGUCGUUUACUAUGCAAGGUGUUCUAGAUCCUCCUUCCCAGAGGGGAAUCAUCCCUAGAGCUUUUGAGCACAUCUUUGAGACAAUCCAGUGUGCAGAGAACACCAAAUUCCUUGUACGGGCCUCUUACCUGGAAAUUUACAAGGAGGAAAUCAGAGAUCUUUUGGCAAAAGACACCAAACAGAAGAUGGAACUGAAGGAGCAUCCUGAGCGUGGUGUGUAUGUACGGGAUCUGUCCAUGCAUACGGUGCACAGCGUUGGGGAAUGUGAGCGGAUCAUGGAUCAGGGCUGGAGGAAUCGCUCUGUGGGAUACACACUCAUGAACAAAGAUUCAUCUCGCUCACACUCCAUAUUCACCAUUCACCUGGAGAUCUGCAACACAGAUGCUGCAGGUGAAGAACAUCUGCGUGCUGGGAAGCUCAAUCUCGUGGACCUUGCAGGUAGUGAACGACAGUCGAAAACCGGUGCUACUGGAGAUCGCCUUCAAGAAGCCACCAAAAUCAACUUGUCCCUUUCAGCCCUUGGCAAUGUUAUAUCUGCGUUGGUGGACGGUCGUUCCAAGCACAUCCCGUAUCGCGAUUCCAAACUCACUCGUUUGCUUCAGGACUCUCUGGGCGGAAACACUCGUACCCUCAUGGUAGCCUGUCUCUCACCUGCCGACAACAAUUACGAAGAGAGCAUCAGUACUCUACGCUACGCCAAUCGCGCCAAGAGCAUCCAAAACCGUCCCCGCAUCAACGAGGACCCAAAAGAUGCCCUCCUUCGCGAGUAUCAGGAGGAAAUCAAGAAGUUGCGGGCGUUAAUCUCUGGGCAGCUGGGGUCUACCAACCUCAGCUCACUUCUGACAGGUCAGAAGUCAGGAGAUUCUUCAGCUGCUGUGUCGCGACCCCAGAGCAACACAUCAGAGAGCGAAGCAGAGAAAGACAGGAUAAAAGAGGAAUAUGAGAAGAAACUAGCGAGGCUGCAGGCCGAGUAUGAUGCUGAACAAGAGUCCAAAGUCAAGCUCCAGGAGGACAUUGCUGCCUUGAGAACAUCAUACGAGACCAGACUCUCUUCUUUGGAGAGGUCCAGAGCUAGUCGAGCACACACCACUGGUGGCCUUCCUAAAGAAGAGCCCAUCACUGCACCUGUGGCUACAGAAGAACGGGCCAGUGUUGACCAUGAUGUACCCGAGGAGAGUCCGUCUUCUGCUGCUGCUAGUGUCGAAGGAGCUCCCAGUGCAGAGAGUUCGGUUUCAGAUACAAUUGUGGUUGCCAGACCAGUUCAACUGGACCAGAAGCAUGUUUUAGAAAGGCUGCAGCAGCUGGAGCAGGAGUUUGUGGGUGGAGAGCAGGUGAGGAACGAGGAACUGAAGCAGAGACACAGACAGAGGAAGACUCUGGCUGACCAGAGGAAGAAGCAGCUAAUCGAAGCUCUGAGCCAGAGCAGUGAGGAAAGUGACAGCGUGCUGCUGAACGUGUACGAUUCCAUUCAGGAGGAAGUUCAUGCCAAGAGCAGACACCUGGAGAACACACAGAAGAAGCUGAAAGCUGCCAAGUUGGAGAUCAGAGAUCUUCAGGCAGAGUUUGAGAUGGAGAGAGAUGAUUAUCUGGCCACCAUCCGGCGCCUGGAGCGGGAAGGCCAGCUCCUUCAAGGAAUCUUGGAGCGCAUGGUGCCCCUGGUGCGCAGGGACUGUAACUACAGCAACCUGGAUCGGCUGCGGAAGGAGGCAGUGUGGGAUGAAGAUGGAGGGACAUGGAGACUGCCAGAGGUUGUGGUGCAGAAAACGAGCUUACCUGCAGUGCCUCCUUCAGGUGCCAUUGCCCCUGGCAGACUUUCAGCACGCAGGAAUUCUGCCUCAGACCUUGUCGACCCUUUUGUGCAAGAAGAGGAGGAAGACCGCUACAAGUUAAUGUUGAACCGCAGUGAUAGCCAACAUAUCGCCACUAACUACUUCAAGCCAAAACGGACCAGUCAGCUGUUGGCUGGCGACUCUAUUAAAAACACAAUGAAUUAUUCUGGUUCAGUCGGUAAUGGUUCAGCCCACCAGACCUCCAGCGGGUCCAGUUUGUCUCCUCUUAGUGUAGAAUCUCUCCUUCCACGCCCCUUCCGUUUGGAGUCCCUUGGAGUCCCACCUGCACACGGCAAAGUAAAACGCAAGAAGAGCAAGGCGCUCAUCCCAACUGAGAACAUCUGAUGGGACAUGGCUUUCCAAAUCCCUUGUUUAUAUAAGAGAGCCCAGAGCUUUGUCUUUUUAAGCUGCUGUUAUCUGUUUUUAUUUCAUUUGUAGAUAUGUAAAGAUAUAUUUUUAUUGUAUUAGUGCUUAAUGACAUGCAGGGUAAUUUUGUGAUCUAACGUCUUUCAGUUCUAAAUGUCACACAAUGUGGCAUGUAAGCACUGUGUAAAACAUAGGAAUUUGAACUAAUACUACCUGAAGUAGAAAUAAUGCUACCUAAUGUGCUGCAGUGUUUUUACUGAGAGGUUUCAGCACUGAAAACCCAUGCUGCUGUCUUACUAUAUUUUUGUCUUGAAAAACUAGUUUCUUUGUCCUUUUUAAGAUUUAUCCCAUAAAUGAAAGGUUCUAAUAACUGAGGAUGUUUCAGAGAAAGUAUUUUAAUAUGGGGUCACUUAUAAAGCAUUUUAUCUGUGUACACCAUUUUAAAGUACAAUUUGCUUCUGAAGCGACUCUUAAUGGAUAAAAUUAAGGUUCGCUUUUGUUCCCAUGGGCCAAUAUGAACAUACAUCACAUUAGCAGUUUAAAUGGGUUGCAAAUGUUGUUUUGUGUUGUUUAAUUUCCUUCAUUUUUCUAUUUGGACAUUUUGGUGAGUCAUCUCUUGUAGCCAGACUCAUAACAAGUAUGAAAAAGUCCCCCUGUGGUGAAAAUCAAGUUUUAUAUGUCUAUGUGGUGUUUUAAAAUGCUUUAAGACAAACCAUGAGCAAAUUCAUAAAUGAACACCAUUUCUGAGUAUUUUCUCUUCAGACAGUUUCAAAAACGUGUUUUGAAUCGCUGGUGAUUCUGACGUCACAAACUACCUUGUAACCAAUCACAUCAAAGUGCCAACGGGCUUUAGCAUAUCAUUAACUGUAAUGGCUCUAAAGCAGGGGAGUCCUGGUAUAUUUUGGGUAUAUGAUGUAUAUUACGAUGUUAUGAUGAACUAUAUGCUACGGAAGAGGAUUAG